AAACCAAGCUGUCGGUGGUCGAAGUGUUGAUAUUAAUUCGGGGUUAAGUUUAUCUAUAUUUAUAGACAAUUAAUAUCGAAAAACAAACAUUCCUUGAAUUGUCAGUAUGUCGCAAGGAAAGGGUAAGAAGGGAUCGUUUUCAUCUGGUGGAGCUAGGAAGAAUCGUCAUCAUCAUUACAAUAAGAAUAAAGUUAAUGUCGGCGACAGAAGUCGAGAAGUUCUUGAGAAUAUUAAUGAACAUUCUCCAGUCAUUCAACAGUUUCGCGGAUAUUCUGCUGAAUUAGAUAAAAAACACGAUCGUUAUGAAAGGAUCGUAAAGUUCAGUCGUGAUGUUACGAUUGAGAGCAAAAGAAUUAUUUUUUUGCUACAUACUAUCGAUAAAGAAAGUAAGAAAGACGCCGUUUUGGUUGAGGCUAAAUUGAGGUUUCUUCAUAUGGCUAAAACGUUAUUCAAAAAUAUUGCGCUUGAGUUGGAUGGACAAGAUGUGUAUCAAUAUUUAAGAGCGUACAAGAGUGGCGUCGAAGAAUAUAUAGAAGCAAUCACUUUCUAUCAAUAUCUUCAAGAUAAUAGUUUACAGGAUUGGGAUAUGCUCGAGAAAUCUCUGACAUAUACGAUUCCUAAAAAGGAAGAAGAAUCUGAUGCAAUUGAAAACCCAGAGUCAAAGACUGUACAAAUGUCGAUACUACCAAAUGAAUAUAUUUUAGGAAUAGCAGAUCUUACUGGAGAAUUAAUGAGGAAGUGCAUAAAUAAUUUAGCAUCAGGGGAUAUAGCCAGUUGUUAUCAGACGUGUGCUUUUGUCAGAAGUAUGUACAAAGGAUUUCUUAAAUGCGUUGGCGUAUCAGGGAAGGAAAUAAAUAGAAAAAUGUACACGUUGAAGCAAAGCUUAACUAAAAUGGAAAAUGUCUGUUAUACGAUUAAAGUAAGGGGAUCAGAAAUUCCCAAAUAUAUGUUAGCAGAUAUGGCAAUUGUAGCCACUGAAGAGUACACUUCUUACGACGACGAGGGGUAUCAGGGUUACUGAACAAACAUUAAUCCACUCAGUAUUUCAAAGACAACAAAUAUUAUUAAUAUAUCUUGUUUUUAUUAUUUUCUAUCUGUAAUAUAAAUGUGACAACAGUUGAAAUACAAAAUAAAUAUUUCAUAUCAAGUAUA